GUUGGGGUGCACACGGAUUGACCACUCCUUUGGGCUUUUAUUUUCCUUGGAUAUUUGGGGGGGAAAAGCUAAACCACAAAUAUGACUGACGCGCAACAAGAGGCCCGCUCCUACCUGAGCGAGGAAAUGUUGUCUGAGUUCAAGGCCGCCUUCGACAUGUUCGACACCGACGGUGGCGGUGAUAUCAGCACCAAGGAGUUGGGCCAGGUGAUGAGAAUGUUGGGUCAAAACCCGACAAGAGAGGAGUUGGAUGAGAUCAUCGAGGAGGUCGAUGAGGACGGUAGCGGCACCAUCGACUUCGAGGAGUUCUUGGUCAUGAUGGUGAGGCUCCUAAAGGAGGACCAGGCCGGCAAGAGCGAGGAAGAGUUGGCAGAGUGCUUCCGUGUGUUCGACAAGAACGCCGACGGCUACAUCGACAGAGAGGAGUUCGCCCUCAUCAUCCGCAGCACCGGUGAGCCCAUCUCAGAGGAGGAGAUUGAUGAGCUGAUGAGGGAUGGAGACAAAAACGCUGACGGCAUGCUGGACUUUGACGAAUUCCUCAAGAUGAUGGAGAAUGUGCAGUAAAACCAGAAAGACUCAUGGACAUUCCUCCUCCUCUUCCCUGUGAACCCUCAUUCUGAACACAUCCGGUCCCUCAAUUAACCCUCUCAAAUCCCUCCCAACCCCCUCUUCCUCCCUCUCCAUCUCCAUCCUUAUUGACAUCCUCAACAGACAGCUAGGGCACCUGGUGAUUGGGGGGAGGGUCGCUGGCUGGGCUUCAUCUUUCCCCCCUCCCCAGCUCGCUUGUGAUCGCAUUAAAAGCCCAUGGAUGCUGCGCUGAAACUGUACGACGUGACAGGACGGCAAGGCUGCAAAUGGGGGGAAAAAAGUUCACUGCACACACUUUUUUUUUUGCUGUAUGCAUGGCGAUAACACGUCAUCGGCGACCCUCCUGCUGGUAAAGAUCAGAUCUAGAUGUAGUCUAGACGGAACGGCGGCCUGUUACCUGCUGCUUAGACCAAUUCAAUCAACCACUUCACUGUACAAAGAAGUAAUUUGCUUGAACAGAAUAAAUUAACUAACACAUGCUCA